GGAAAAAGGUUUCAUGAAAAAUAGAAUCGGAGAAGUUGAAAUUGAAAAACAAGAUCAAAAGAAUGGCUGCCGUUAACUUGGGUCGUUUCUCAUUUACACGACGUGAACUCGAAUCCGACACCUUCAAAUCCAACCGCCGACAACAACCCUCCAUUCUCUUUACUAAGAGAAGACAUAUUUCAAUCUCCUCCGUGUCUAAAACUCCGGCCGAAUCCAGCACUACCCAAAUGCCGGAGAAGCCUGAAAUUGAUCUUGAGUUUAUUGGGGAGAAGGCAGGGGCAGAUGGGAAAUACUCAAUUGAGAAGGUUAAAGCUCUGAGUGGAGAGAAGCUUUUGAGGAAUAUAAUGGCGGAUAACAAAAUUGAACUCUAUGGGGCUUAUGGAAAAGUUAUGAACUGUGGAGGUGGUGGAAGCUGUGGAACAUGCAUUGUUGAGAUUUUAGAUGGAAAGGAUCUCCUAAACGAAAGAACAAAUACUGAGCUUCGUUAUCUCAAGAAGAAGCCGGAAUCAUGGAGGCUAGCAUGCCAAACUAUUGUUGGAAAUAAAGAGAACUCCGGCAAGGUUGUUGUUCAAAGAUUGCCCCAAUGGAAGAAAUGAUGGUGAAAAUAUUUUAUCAAUAUGUUGAACACAAUCAAGGCACCAUUUAUGGAGAUAUUACCCAUUGUACAUUACAUUGUGGUCUUCGUUUCCAUAAUACAUUCAACAGAUUAGAUGAUGAAUUGCUGUUAUUUUGUGUU